CCCUUUAAAUAUAUAAAAAAGUUGAUAUUUCUUAUAUGUUUGACACAGUGAAAAACAGCCUGGGGUCAAAUUGACCCGAAAGAACACCGACAUUAAACAUUGAAUGGGGUCAAAUUGACCCUAAGGAAACAGGAGGGUUAAGCAAACUUGAGCUCCUACCUAAUCUAAAACGUCAUGUAUACACUGGCCGGAGCUGUUAGGUUGUAUAAUACCAUUGCUCACCAGAAGUUGCAGACAGUGGUGUAACAACACUGAUUUGUAUUUCCCCAAUGAGAGCAUGGAAAUUAGUUAUCUUGGACAAUACUGCUGCUGGAGCUUGUCAGCUGCGUGCCCACUGAGCACGAGGCUGUAUCAGGUGACUGCUGUGGCCGAAUGAUGGCAGGCCGUUUCUUAAUGGUCCGUGAUUAUAGUCUACUCAGUCAGAAUGACAUGGAUGCAGACCUGCAGCAGGCCUUGUCUCAGUGUGUCCUCCUUCCUGCAGUGUGCCAGCUGAGACACACCUACAGAUGCUACAUUAGGAUUUAUACCACUGGGAUUGGGUGUGAAAACACAGUAAAUCUGACUCACAGGACACCUUAUUGCUGAGGGAGCAGGGCCAGGAGCACGAUGAAUCCUACUGUCGCUCAUUACGCUGGAGGGCUGUACAUGGUGUCUUCAUAUAAACACGUUUGUGUGAGACGGAUCACUUUAAGGUCACCUCGGAUAACCCUCUCCUUUAUUACAUCAGACAUUUAACAAUACACAAGGCAGUAGCCGAAUAAAUGUUAUUUGGCAACUAGAGUUCCCGUUGCUGUAAUUGCAUAGAAUCAUAUUCUACUUGAAAAUGUUCAAAUAUUUUGUGUUUAACACUGUAGUUAUUGGAGCAACUCAAAUUGGUGCACUAUCUAAAGCCUGGACGAAAGCUACCUGGGAUUUCUUCCACAAUAUACUGGUGAUUAUUUAACUAACUCUAACUUGGCGUCAGAGAAUUUGUCUCCUAUGUUCCAGACAUUGGAGUCUCACAGGCAAGGCAGGUGUUGUGGCAUGUGUUAAUAAUUUUUUUUUUAAUGCUUCCACUGUUGUUCGGGAGAUGACGUUUCAAUAUAACUCACUACUUUAACCGUAAAGUUAGGCUGAUUAAAGCUGUCGUGGCAGCUUUGUGACAGGUGGGUGAGGCUGCUAGCUGCUAGCAGUCUGCUCUGCUGCCGCCUUAGCUCCACUGACAUUUACCUCUUUUCCCAUUUUUGGAUUAAAGCUGUGAGUUAGGCUGUCGUCACUGACAAAAUGGCGAAGGCCAGAGCCACCCGCUUCACAUCUGCUCUUCAGAAACCUUUGGGUGACGUCUGGAUGACGUCUCGGAGACUACGUCCAUAUUUAAACAGUCAAUGGGUGGUCUUGGUGCGAUGGAAUGAGCCCUUCCAGAAACUGGCUACCUGUGAUACCGAUGGAGGGAUCUUUGUUUGGAUCCAGUAUGAAGGCCGCUGGUCUGUGGAGCUGGUCAAUGACCGUGGAGCACAGGUGAGUGACUUCACCUGGUCCCAUGAUGGCACCCAGGCUCUCAUCUCCUACCGUGAUGGAUUUGUCCUGGUGGGAUCAGUCAGCGGACAGAGACACUGGUCCUCCGAGAUCAACCUGGAAAGCCAGAUUACGUGUGGUAUCUGGACCCCCGAUGACCAGCAGGUGUUGUUUGGUACUGCAGAUGGACAGGUGAUCGUGAUGGACUGCCACGGGCGCAUGCUGGCCCACAUUCUGCUGCAUGAGUCGGACGGCAUCGUCAGCAUGUCCUGGAACUAUCCCAGUUUCCUGGUGGAGGACAGCAGUGAGAGCGACACGGACUCUGACGACUACUCCCCUCCGCAAGUGUACAGCCAGAAACCUCUGCUGACAGUCAGCUUCACUUCUGGAGACAUCAGCCUGAUGAACAACUAUGACGACCUCUCUCCCACCCUCAUCCGCACCGGUUUGAAAGAUGUGGUGGUCCAGUGGUGCUCGCAGGGGGACCUCCUAGCAGUGGCGGGGAUGGAGAGGACCUUCCUCUCCCCCGAGCCCUCCUGUCCUCCCACCACCCGGAGUGCACUUGUGAAGUUCUACAACGUUCGGGGUGAACACAUCUACACACUGGACACACCAGCACAGCGCCCCAUCGCCACGCUGUGUUGGGGUCACCGGGACUCCCGUCUGUUCUUGGCGUGUGGCUCGGCGCUCUACGUGGUGCGGGUGGAGCACCGCGUGGCCAACCUGCAGCUCCUCUGCCAGCAGGGCAUCGCCACAGCAGUGAAGGAGGAGAAAGAUGUCGCCAAGCUCACCAUGCCUUCCCGCCUCUGUUCUUACGUCACGACUGCAUUUGUGCCCACCAUCAAGCCCCCCAUCCCUGAUCCCAACAACAUGCGGGAUUUUGUGAGCUACCCAACAGCUGGAAACGAGCGCCUGCACUGUACCAUGAAGCGUACGGAAGACAACCCCGAGGUGGGGGGGCCGUGCUACACGCUUUACCUGGAGUACCUAGGAGGUCUGGUGCCCAUCCUCAAAGGCCGUCGAAUAAGUAAACUGCGUCCAGAGUUUGUCAUUAUGGACCCCAAGACGGACGGGAAAACAGAUGAGAUGUACGGCAACAAUCUGAUAUCGGCCAUGAUUGACAGCUGUAACUGCUCAGACUCCAGUGACAUUGAGCUGAGUGACGACUGGGUUGGCAAGAAAUCUCCAAAGAUAUCCAGAGGUAGCAAAUCUCCCAAACUGCCCAGAGACUUAGUUUGUCCCUUUACCAACAGGAUCAACAUUGAUCCCAGAAAAUCGCCCAAACUAUCCCGCACUACUCAAGAGAUAUCCAGGUCACCACGGUUACCUAUAAGGAAACCCUCAAUUGGAUCACCCAGUCUAACACGGAGGGAAUUUCCUCUAGAUGACAUCACUCAGCAAAAUUACCUCGCUCAGGUCACAUCCAAUAUUUGGGGAACAAAGUUCAAGAUUGUGGGACUCUCCACAUUCUUGCCAACUAAUCUUGGUGCAGUCAUCUAUAAGACGAGCCUCCUUCAUCUACAGCCCAGGCAGAUGACCAUCUACCUGCCAGAAGUGCGUAAAGUCUCCAUGGACUACAUCAAUCUGCCGGUCUUCAGCCCCAAUGUCUUCAGUGAGGAUGAAGACGACCUGCCUGUCACAGGCCCUGCUGGUGGCACCGAUGACAACCCGCCCUGCACUGUCAACAUACCUAUUGCCCCCAUCCAUAGUCCCGCCCAGGCCAUGUCCCCCGCCCAAAGCCUUGGUCUAGUCCAGUCACUCCUCGCCAAUCAAAAUGUUCAGCUGGAUGUGCUAACUAAUCCCACAGCAACCCCUGCUGGGGCCGCUGCUGGGGGGUCAGACCAAAGCCUGACAGCCCAGUACACAGUUCCCACCAGGUACUCCAGUCCUGGUCAGGUCAUCUUCGGGGGACUAGAGAUGAAUCGCCUAAUGGUGGGGCCCCCACCUUCCCAUCAUCCUUCACAACAACAGCAGCACCAACAACCAAGCCACCAUCAGCAGCACCAACAACAACAGCAGCAUCAACAACACCAACAGCAGCAUCAACAGCAGCAUCAACACCAUCAGCACCACCACCAACUACAACACAUUCAGCACCAGCACCAUCAGCAGCAACAGCAACUCCAGCAGCAGAUCCUCCAGCACCAACACUUGCAACAGCAGCAGCAGCUCCAGCAGCAGCACAUCCAGCAGCAGCUCCAACACAUGCAGCAGCAGCAUCAGCACCAGCUCCAGCAGCACAUGCAGCAACAGCAGCAACUACAACAGCAACAUCAACACAUUCAGCAGCAACUGCAACAACAAAUACAGCAGCAGCAGCAGCAAACGCAGCAGCAGCAGCAUCAGAUGCAGCAGCAGCACCACCAUCAGUUUCAGCAGCAGUUUCAGAUUCAAAUCCCCGUUUCCUUGUCAUCAGGACAGCCGUCGGGUGCAGCUGUGCACCAGCUCCAGCAGGGGGCACUGCAGAUACAAAUCUCUCAUCCACCUGUGGAGUUGGUGGUUGAGAGAGCAGUGGGGGGUGAACACGAGCAUCUAUUGAAAAUCAAAACCACCCGGUCAAUUCCACAGCUGGCUGAGGGGGAUACGGUGGUGUUCAGCGCCCCUCUGGAGCUCAGCAAGAUGAACCCUCCACCCCCUUACCCCGGGACAGUGGCUGCUGCUAUGGCUGCUGCCGCCGCCGCUGCUGCAUCAGCCUCCGCUGCAUCAGCCUCCGCUGCAGCCUCCAAUCCUGCAUCUGGAACGGGAGGGAGCACCAGCGGGACUCCUCCCCCUGGUGACCUUUGUCUGAAGAAGGGAGAGCUAUCACUUUAUCUUUCAGGUCAGCAACAAGCGCAGUACCCCACACCACUGGGCUACGAGAGGAUAACAACAUUUGACAGCAGUGGGAAUGUGGAGGAAGUAUGUCGUCCUCGAACGCGCCUUGUCUGCAAUCAGAAUGUCUACACCCUCCAGGGACCUGGCAGCUCUGCCACUCUCAGGGUCACCUCCUCGUCAUCAUCCUCCUCAGCUGACAAGAAGAUCCAGCUGCCCUACACUUCUGCAACACUCAACAGACUCACUGCACCUCGCUAUUCCAUACCCAGUGGAGACCCGCCCCCAUACCCUGACCCAGCCAAUCAGAACAGUGCUGUCGGCAGGAACCCCGGACAGAGGCUUGACAGCAGUCUGAUCCACGCCACUCUCAGGAGGAACAGCCGAGAGGCCGCUCUCAAAGUUUCCCAGAUGCUGGAGCCGCCCAGACCAUUGCCUCCUAAGGCUAAAAACAAUAGUGCACUAGCAGCCUCGUUCCAGCAGAGGGUGCCAACGGCCUUAUACACCUGCAGUCAGUGUAGCAGUGGCUCUAGUGUUGGAAGCACUGCAGCAGGGAGCACUAACGGAAUAGCAGGGGGCACUAUUAUCAGACAGGAUUUCCCUCCAGGGAAUGGGGCACCACACAGCACAGUUAUUGUUCACUCCAACAGCACAACUCCUCUCGCCUCUCAGUCCUCUUACAGCCUGCUGAGCUCUCUUGAAGGAUCUGGUUCUUCAGCAGGAGGAGGAGGAGGAAGUACCAGAGACAGGGUUGAGUAUGUUAAUUCAGCAUUUACUGAGGAUGAAAUCCUGAACCAGUCACUGAGGAAUCUGGCGCUAGGGGGAAGUGAUGCACCAGGACUGGUUGUCAAACGCCCACCUCCCUAUCAGUGGGACCCAGCUGCCACUGAGGAGGUGUGGGUUCCUCAGGAACGGACAGCAGCACUGAAUUCCAAUGGACCCCCCGGGCCCCACAAACCACCCCCACUUAUUCUUAGCCCAGCUCAGCACUUGGAUGUGUCCAGGCUGCCUUUUGUUCUUUCUCCAAAGUCUCCCACCAGCCCAAGUGCUGCAUCAUUUCAAGCCGCUGCAGCAGCUGCAGGCUACCAAAUCUCUCUCCAGUACCCUCCAACCACUUCCUUUUCUGGAGCCCAGCUGCAGCCCAUGCCAGGUUCACCACGCCCCUGCUCCUCCCCAAAGGAGAUGGUGGCACCUGUACCCUUCACCCAACAGGAUGCCACCCUUGUAUUGCCUCCUGGUUACUCCGCGAACCUCGCAAACUUAUCCUGUUGCACUCUCCCACCCAUGUAUCCAGGAGGAAGUGCUUGUUCCGGGCUCCCCAUUCCCCCCAUUUCCCUUCACACUCCUUGGGGUACGUAUAAUUCUUGCCCGCCUAUGCCCAGUCCUGCAGUGCCACUCCCACCCAAAGCCUCCCACAUGGUAGUAGACAAAAAGGUUGUCUCGCCGCCGCCUCCUCCACCACCCGCAGAGCUGCAGAGCCAUGGAGGUUUACAAGAUGCCAUGGCCGAGGCUGGGGAAGGUUUUCAGGAGGUGCUGUCCUUGACCGAGAGCCCUGUCCCACAGCGAUCUGAGAAGUUCAGCAAGAAGAACCGCAAGCGAGUCGACGGGCGCGCCGAGGAGGCUAAUGUGCCGCCUCUGGCUGAAGGGAGCAAGUUGAAAAAGGAGGGCCGAGCUUUAGGUGAUUUCAACUCUCUCAUCUCGAGUCCGCGGCUGGGAGGAAGGGACAAGAAGAAGAUUAAGGGACAGAAAGAGCAGCAGUUGAAGACUAAGAAGCUGAAUAAGUCCACUGCCAACAGUGAGUUCCAAGACAGUUCAGAAAGUGAGCCCGAGCUGUUCAUCAGCGGAGACGAGCUGCUCAAUCAGUGCCAGAGUGGUAAGAAGGGCUGGAAGAGUAAGAGGAACUUGAGGGCCGCCAGCGAACUGGACGAGAUCAAGUGUCGGAAAGCCAACGAGAAGGAGGACCGAGGGCUGGGCAGCCAGGGCUUUGUGUACGUCAUGGCCAACAAGCAGCCACUGUGGAAUGAAGCCACGCAGGUCUACCAGCUGGACUUUGGUGGGCGCGUCACACAGGAGUCCGCCAAGAACUUUCAAAUCGAACUGGAGGGCAGACAGGUGAUGCAGUUCGGCCGGAUUGAUGGCAACGCCUACAUUCUGGACUUUCAGUAUCCCUUCUCUGCUGUGCAGGCAUUUGCAGUGGCUUUAGCCAAUGUUACUCAACGCCUCAAAUAAGAUAUCCCCUCCCUUUUUACCCCGAGUUAUAUCUGGGAUUUAAACACAAUCAGUUGAAGGGACACAGUUGUUUCAUUUGAGAUUAACAAACUUUGAUUUUGGAGAGACUUAAAUCAGCCCUGGUCAUAGAGAGAGAGGGAGAGAGAGAGAGAGACACGCUCAUGCUGCACUACACAAUGCUGCCACUAGAGAUGGUGCAAUAAGAAUAAGAAUAUACACUUUUAUUAAUCCCCAAGGGGAAAUUAGUUCUCUGCAUUUAACCCAUCCUUAGUUAUUAAGGAGCAGUGGGCUGCGGUGAAGCGCCCGGGAAGCAACUGGGGGUUCAGUGCCUUGCUCAAGGACACUUCGACUUGCAACUCAUGGGGAGAGCGGGGAUCGAACCCACAACCCUGCGGUUGCAGGACGGCCCUCUUACCCCACUGAGCUAAAGCCGCCCAAAGCAUUGGCUGCAUUGGCUAAGGAGGCCCUCAGAUAUGCUCUGUUGGGCAGUCAGGGGCACCUUGCAAUGCAUGUAGGGCCAAAGAGCUGAGCUUUGGUAAUCAACAUGCAAAUAAAUGCUGCUUUAGCUAGAAGAAGCUUAUAGACAAGAUAACCGAUGGGUUAACUGAGAAGAAUUGUCGAGGUGCAGUUUUCAAAAGAAGAAGCAGCAGCAGUAAUACUUGAAAACCACACUCUGGAGAUCCACGUUGUGUUUUCCCUAGAGCGCACAGGUACUACUGGGCACUGAAAUCCAUUGCUGUACAAACUUCAGUGAAACAGUUACCACUUUAUUAUACUGCUUUUGCUUUUAGGAUUUUAUUAAAUGACUAAACGUAGUGGAGGGUAGGAGGGUCUUUUUGAUUUUGCUCUCUGCCAUUCCUUUUGUUACUGUCUCAGUCCAUGUUGGUUGGAAUUGAGGCUUAGAUAUAUGCAUCAUUUAGGAGCACUACUAAGAGGUCACACGUUUCACUGUCGUAAAAGGUGUGUCACUGUUCAAAACUUGGGGAGGUCGAGUAGUAAAUAUAGAUACGUUGAACUGCAGUCUUUUCCAUAUAUUUUCCUGGGACUUUGAAGGAAGAAGUGUUACUCUGCUACAUGGAUUAAUUUAUAUGUACAUUUUGUUUCCUUAUCUAUUCAGAUAUGAAUUUUAACAUUAUUGUCAUUGUGAUACAGAAUCUCACACCAAGUCAACAUUUUCAACUUACCUGCUUUAUUUGGGAGAACUGGUGGCUGAAUUUGAAUAUCGCCGUGUAGUCUGGGGUGAUUUAGGUGGAAGCGGUGUACUGAAUAGCUUUGACUGAUAUGUCCUGCACUUAGUGAAAUAUCUACAUGCGGUGACACAGGCGCAAAAGAAGUCGCCAAGGCCUGGAUGGAACAACUCAACCUCUGGCAUGAAGGGAUUUGUCACCUGCUGUCACUUCUGUGAAGUGAGUGUGUAGUUGGGGCGAGGGGCCCCUGCUCCUUAAGACCACACUAAACGUAUAAGCAAGGUACAGGAAAUAUUUUUGUAUAUUUCACCUAUGCCAUUUCAUACACUUUUCAGAAGUCAUGUAAAUACAUAUCAGUCAUAUGUAAAUGUUGUAAAGAGACUUGGGUGACUUUGACAGAUGUCUGUUUACACCUGUUUUCACUGUGUUUUAAGUGUAAUUGUAGGUGUGGAGCGACGCUGUAGAACUGUUUAACUCGACAGCGACAACCAUGAAAAAAAGUUAACAGUUGAGCUGAAAUCAUCGUCGCUGAAUCUAUGAAAUCAGAACUCCAAUGAGGGAUGAAGCUAUUGAAAUCUGUUCAUUUAAUAAGCUGACACUGAAAUCUGAAAAGCUGUUUUUUUUGGUAUUGUUUUUUUUUUUCAGGCAGACAAGCUUUUAUUUGUGUUGAACUAAGGACACAGAGCUGAUGGGACGAAGAGUAAAUCAUUAGGCACAUUGCAAAUAUAUAUAAAUAGGUUUUAUCUGUAUAAGAUGAUAGUAAAACGCAUCUAAAAAAGGGCAGUUAUAUUAGGCAGGUGUGUGACGAGGGUCACCUCUAACCUUUGUGCCAAAAUAUGCAUUUGCUAAAAUGUAUAGUUGAAACAAAUGGGCCUAGAGGGAAGUGUAACCUAAUUCUUCAUAUAAAGAAAAGCCAUCACUUUGGACCUGCUCGGUAUUGGUCACAAAAUUGAUGAGAUUAUUUAACUUUUUUGUGUGAUCUUUCUGUAUCGCAACCAAAUGCAUGUCUGUCAGAGGGGCGUUGUAGAGAUGCAAAUUGAAACAAUAAUUUAAAAAAGGCUCUUAUGACCCUAAAAAAAAGGAAGAGAACAUGAUCAUGCAUGUCAUAAAGAAAAUAUCCAUCUUUUUGUGUUAGUUGUGCAAUAUUUUCUUUUGGGGAAAAAGUCCUUUGUCAUCAAUUUUGACCAGUUUGAUACCAUUCGUUUAGUUCUGUACAUUUUAUUUAUGAGAUUAUUUCCUGAAGGAGAUAUAGUAUCUAUAUAUACUGUAUAUUGUGGAGUUUUCUGAACAUUUCUUUGUGUUUAUAAAAUUUGUGUAGCCCAAAUUGUGUGAUGGGAAGAUGGGGUUGGGUCAGGGGGGGUUACUGUGUUUUGUGAAGUUGCAUUGGAUGGGAAAGAUGAGUGAGUAAGUGCCCAGUUUCGUGUAGUUGGUAGACUAGUUAUGUAGAGAGUAACUGUCAAGUCAAGGUGCGUCUGUAUUCAACUGUGCAGUCUACCAAUCCCAUCAGUGUUAAAUCUAUUAUCUUUAAAUGUGUGUGAUCAUGGCUUCUUACACAUACACACACACCUACACAAACAUCGUUCACACAAGUUCACAAGUGUAAACCACUGAGUUCAUGUUAAGAAUUGCCUCUGGGCUUAAGUUAAGGAUUCACUUCAAACUGAUUUCAUGAGAUGGCCGGUUGUAGAUAAUGUAGGAUUUGGCUUUUCCUUAGAAAAGGUAUGUGCUUUGUAUUUGUAGAUGUAGACUUAAAUGACAAAAACACUUGAGUCUGAUUUGGUGACUGAACGUUUCUAGUGAAUGGAUAGUAAGGCAUGCCAUGUAAAUUAUUUUAUAAUUGUAUAUGUCACGCAUCUUUUGAAUAAAAUGUCAUUGUUUUCCGAAAAAAA